UUCUCUACUCGGUGUUCACAGUAAAUGGUAAGUGUUUUGGUGAUACUGAUGAUGAACAUUUAUCUAAUGUCCAGGGGGGCAGCACAUAUAUUCUAGGGUAUGGCAUUCAAUUGAAUAACAUGAUAUUUUUGUUAGAUAUAUGUUAAUCAGUCCACUCUUCAUAAUCUGAAUGAAUUAGGAUCCUCAACUUUGUUUUAUGUAUUGUGAAUAUGUGAUCUUGCUGUGGUGAUCCAACGAUCAAGAUUUGAAGUUGAAGUAAAACUAAGUCGUUUUGGAAUGCCUAGUGGCAUUUUACUUGAGUUUUAAACUUGGCUGUUUGAGCAUGUUUUUUGUUGAUGUGUCAUGUUGUGGUAAAACCACAACAAGAUCACAAGAUCAUGGCACCAAAAAUACAACAAAGAACCCUUGCUCAAUUUGAACACCCAGCGUAGAUCUUAAACAACCAAUUUGCCCAUUCCAAUCUUUGCACGCCCAGCUCACAUCCUACUCACAAGAUUUCUUUUAAUUUUGAAUUUAGUACCCUUGCCUUGUACCAAGAUUAAAAAGCAGGAAAAAAAACAAAAGAAUCUAAGAACACACAAACCAAAUAUAGAAAAUACAUGGUUGGACAAGACUUUUUAGAAAACUACCAACCAAUCUCGUUGUGUUGGUUCUAUGUUUGUUGUUAGGAUAGUUAUUUUUGUUCUAUUGUUCUUCUGUUAAUAUCUACUUAAGUUGAGGGUAUAAUGGUCAUAUUGCAUUGUUAGGAUUUAUAUAUAUAUAUAUAUUGCGGAUGUAGAGUUGAGAAAACAAUAUACACAAAUAUAUAAAACUUCUAUCUCUUCUCUCAUCUUCUUCAUCUUUCUUCUAAACCCUAACCCUAAAUCUCUUCAUUUUACCUUCUAACUUGGUAUCAGAGCUAUCCAUUCUUCGUUAGUAAGUGUUCUACAGACUCUGGAGGUUGAGCUGAGAUAGGUGACUGAGAAGUGCUAACGUCAUCAGCCUACGAUGACGUCAGCAUGACGUAAGCACCAUAUGGAUGGGAUUUUCACCUCUAAGCUCGAAAUGGUCUCCUGAGAAUUAUGGUGAUUUUUGUGGAAUUUUUUGAUCAUCCCUAAUGUGAGUUUUCUAUUUUCGAAUGUUUUUCAUGAUUUUUGGUGCAUUUUUUUGAAUUUGGAUUUGGGGACUGUUUUUGCUAGUUCUUCUUGGUACAAUCCCUUCUAUAGGAGUCGAUUGGGCCUAUUCUAGUGCCCUUUGCUGUUAAUUUGUGGUUUAUUGCUGAUUGGGUUGAGUUUUUUGUCUCUCCAGUUCGUUUUAGUACAACAAGGCUGUUUUCUUACUUUUAUCUAUUGGGAUUGACCAUAUAUAGGCCGAAAAUUGUAUAGCACAAGAUAUUUGGUCUUAAGCUGUUGAUUCAUGUUGGUGGUUUCUUGUUUUGGUUCAAUUUCAAUCUAAAUUUGGAUAUUUGGCUUUUUUAUUUGUUUUUGUUAUUUUGGUUCAAUUUGGGUCUGAAUCUGUUGCCUAUAUUGGUUGUUGUGGGUGCUGGUUGUUAUGGGCAGUGAAUAUCUUCAAGUAAUUUGCUACAUUCAUGCUCGUUUGUUGAGAAUUUUGUAUAAUUGAUCAUCAUGGCCGAGAUUGAGGCUAAGGCUAUGGUUGUGGGUAAAGAUGAUGACAUGCUUAAAUCUAUCACCACAAAGAAAUUGAAUGGUGCCAACUAUGUGGCUUGGGCUCAUGUUGUCAAAAUUUUCUUACGUGGAAAGAAGAAGUCCCGCUUCCUUAGUGAACUCUCACCUGCUACUGAUGAUAAAGCUUAUGAUGGUUGGUGUAGUGAGGACUCUUGUGUUAUAGGUUGGAUUUGGCGUAAUCUAGAACCACAAGUUGCUACUACUGUGGAAUUUUGUAAUACCUCGAAGGAAAUUUGGGACUUCCUUGCCGAAUCUUUUUUGAAUCAGAGUAAUGUCUCUCAGGUCUAUGAGUUGUAUGAGCAGAUUUUUUGCUAUGCGCCAAUCUGGCCGAUUCCUUCCCGAGUAUUAUAGUAGCCUCAAGACCUUAUGGGAUUAGUUAUUGCAGCAUCGAUCCUUCACUAUUAAUGUAAACAAACAAAAGCAACAUUGGGAAGAGUUUAUGAUAGUGUCUUUACUCUUCGGUUUAGAUCCUGAAUUACGGGGGUUCAAGGAUCAGAUUCUUGCCAGUGACUCCUUUUUGCGGCUAAUGCCUAUUCUCGGCUGUUACGUUCUUCCUUGGGUCAGGCACAACCUACCACUUGGUCCUCUCCUUUGUCAUCUUCUGCAAUGGUCUCUAGUAGUGAAGAUCGUGGGCCUACUCAAGGGGGUUUUCAUGACCCAUUUGGCAUUUGGGGCUCUUCUUACAGUUCACAAGGUUCUCAUGGAGGUGGUUCCCGUGGUGGUGCAUCUUGUGGUGGUGGUUCUCGUGGUGGGGGUAGUAGUGGCCCUGGCUCUCGCACACAUGGUGAUCGCAAGUGUACUCAUUGUGGUUCCCAAGGUCAUAUUGAACCUUGGUGUUGGCGGAAGUAUGGCAAACCUGACCAUGUGCAUCAGGUUAUAGAUGUUCCAUUCUCACAGUCCUUCUUGUUUUCCACUGGUUCUAUUGCUUCUCCGGUUGAUUCUCAUGAGACACUCACUACUAAGAUUAGUGAGCUUACUGCUCUUGUCCAGUCUCUCCAGCCUAGUAUACCUUUAUCCUUUAUCGCUACUCUGGCUGGUUCAAGUAAUAUUGCAUGUGUGGCUAAGUCUACUUAGCUUUGGCUCCUAGACUCUGGUGCUAGUUCCCAUCUCUGGUAAUUCCUCUCUUUUUGAUAAUCUGAGGCCUGUUAAUCAUACUAUUAUACUUGCUGAUGGAUUUUCUUGACCUGUUAGUAGUCAAGGUCCUUUUCACCUCACUCUAUCUCUUUCCUUAUUCUCUGGUCUCUAUGUUCCUAAGUAUCCAUUUAAUUUGCUUUCUGUUAGCCAAUUAACUCAAGCUUUCCACUGUUUUGUAACCUUUUCUCCCACUUCAUGUGUUUUGUAUUACCACCAGACCAGGAGGAUGAUUGGUUCGGGGUAUGAGAAAGAUGACUUAUACUUUUUGGACAUUGCGAUACCUCCUCAUCCUCCAUCUAUUGUGUUGAGCGCUACUGUAUGUCCUCUUCAGUGGCAUUUUUGCUUGUGUCAUCCCUCUUUGGCCAAGCUUAAGUUAUCUGUUCUUGGUUUGAGUUAUGUUUCUCAGAUUGGUUUGAGUCGUGUUUCUUUUCCUAGUAGGAGUGUUAGUCGUGAGUAUGAGUCUUUUGCUCUUGUCCGUAUAGAUAUUUGGGGUUCUUCUAAAACACCCGUUGUUAUUGUUUGUUUUUUUUUUAUUUUGUUAUUUUUGUGGAUGAUUACUCUUGAAUGACUCAGUUAUUUUUAAUGAAACAUCGAUCUGAUUUGCCUUCUAUUAUCUCUAAGUUUUAUAAUGAAAUAUUUUCUCAAUUUGGGAAACGUAUUAAGAUAUUUUGGUCUGAUAAUGCCGUAGAAUAUGUGCAUUCUAUUGUGACUACCUUUUGUGAUGCUCGCGGUAUUAUUCAUCAGACUAGUUGUUCUUAUACAUCUCCUCAAAAUGGUGUUGCAGAGCGUAAAUACUGUCAUUUGUUAGAUGUUGCUCGCACACUGAUGUUUAAUGUGCAUGUUCCCAAACAAUUUUGGGGCGAUGCUGUUCUCACCGUUUGCUUUCUUAUUAACCGCAUGCUUUCUAGUGUUGUACACAUGUCUCCUUAUUCUUAGUUGCAUCCCAUAUCUCUCAUUUUCCCUUAUCACCUCAUGUUUUUGGUUGUAUGGCCUUUGUCCAUGUUCUUGAACCCAGCUUAGAUAAGUUAUCUUCUCGUGCUCGCAAAUGUGUGUUCUUAGGCUACUCUCGUACUCAAAAAGGGUAUUAAUGUUGUCAUCCUGAGUUGUGUUGAUGUUACCUUUUUUGAGGCCACUCUUUUUUUCUCCUCCUCUAGUCAACAGUUAUCCACUGAUCUUCUCUCUUGUUGUGAGGGGGAGCCAACCUCUCUCACCCCUACUCUUCCUUCUUGUGUUCCUUCCUCCAUUUCUAUAUCAUCUCCCUCUCAUCUCGCCUCCACCCCUUCUUUGCAGGUUUAUCAGUGGUCUCAAGCUCGACGCAUUGUGUCUUAUGGCCCGACCAGUUCAUUUCCUGCGUCUGAGGUUCCUGUCCCUCUUGUUCCAUCUGCCGAUAUACCUUCUAAUAAUCUUCCUAUUGCAAUCUGCAAAGGUAAACGUACUUGCACUUAACAUCUUAUUGCUCAUUUCGUUUCUUAUGAUCGCCUCUCUCCUUGUCUUCACUCUUUUGUUUGUAGCCUAUUUAGUAUUUUCAUUCCCAGCUCCUAUCAGCAGGCUAUGUCCAUCUCUGGUUGGAAACAUGCAAUGGAUGGGGAAAUGUGUGCCCUUUAUAAGAAUCAAACGUGGGAAGUUAAUCUAUCUCAUUGUCACUUGUCCAGAUAUUACGUAUGCCGUGGGUGUGGUUAGCCAGUUUAUGCAUGCUCCUCGCCAGUCCCAUUUUGCAGUUAUGUGUUGUAUCUUGCACUACUUGAAGAGUGCUCCGAGUGGGGUUUGCUCUAUCGUCCAUCUUCCUCACUGUCUCUCACUGGCUUCAGUGAUGCUGAUUGGGCUAGUAAUAAGAUUGACUGCUAUUCCACCUUGGGCUAUUGUACCUUUGUUGGUGGAAAUCUUGUUACUUGGCGUAGCAAGAAACAAAUUGUUGUUGCUCGUUCUAGCGCUGAAGCUAAACACCGUGCCAUGGCUCAUACUGCUUCUGAGAUGCUCUGGGUUCAAUCUCGUCUUCCGGGAUUUUGGCUUUUUUAUUCCCGCUUCUAUGAGCAUGUCUUGUGACAAUUAGGCUACUUAUCUUCAUUGCCAAUAAUCUUGUGUUUCAUAAACGGACCAAACAUAUAGAAGCUGAUUGUCAUUUUAUUCGUGAUCUCUUACUGCGCAAGCUACUUGUGACUCCUUAUGUUCAUUCUAAAGAUCAAUUGGGUGAUAUUCUCACCAAACCUUUGGCUUGGCCUUCGUUUCAUCGUUUAUUCGUCAAGCUGGGCAUGCUUGACCUCUAUGCUCCAACUUAAGAGGGAGUGUUAGCAUAGUUAUUUUUGUUUUAUCUGUUAAUAUCUACAUAAGUUGAGGGUAUGAUGGUUAUAUUGCAUUGUUAGGGUUUGUAUAUAUAUAUAUUGCGGAUGGAGAGUUGAGAAAACAGUAUACACAAAUAUAUAAAACUUCUUUCUCUUCUCUCAUCUUCUUCUUCCUUCUUCUAAACCCUAACCCUAAAUCUCUUCAUUUUACCUUCUAACUUCUGUUUUUUGUGUUGUUAUACAUUUUCAAAUAAAAUAAAGGUAUUUGAAAGAUAGCUCUCUUGGUGAAUAUAAAACUUGUGUUGGAUUAGGACAUAUAAUUUGUAAAGAAUCAAUUUCUUAACCGAAUGGAAUAUCAAUGGAUUAAUGAUUGUUUGGUUGCUUCCAUUGAAAAUGAUUAUUUGAUGAUAUUUUGCCUUGAUUUGAGAACUUUAAACUAGAAGAUUUAUUGGAAGUGGAUGAUUGUCAUCGAUAAGUUUGAUUUCUUUUAUACAAAUUCUAAUUUUAGUUUUUGAAUAGCCGCAACCGCUGAUAUAUGUGGUUUAACAAGUGUGAUACAGAAAUUGAAAUUUUUACUCAAUACUCAGUGUGGGUGCUUAUAUCAAGCCCAAUACAUGGCAAGUGCCACAUCUCCAAAACUCCACCCGCAUCGCAGACCAAUAAGACACAACGUGGGCAUAUCACAUGUUUGAUACAUGGCGAGCCUUACGGGCGCUGUGUGCCAAGGCACCACGCGGAACCAAGACUCUAUGCUUAGCCUAAGCGGGAGCAUACAUACAAGCUUAAAUAUGUCCAAAUAUGAAGAGCCCUGCAACAGGCAGUACCAUGGCCUCGUAGGGCCCAUGGUCUUUCAUACCUUGCUCCAAGACCAAACAACAAUCAGUGUGUUUGGUUUGAGUUUUUUGAAUUAAGUUUUUUGAAAACUGAGUUUUUUG